AUGCAGGAGCGGCAGCAGCAGCUGAUGAUUCAGGGCCUCGCCAACGCGGGCACGCGACGCGGCACGUGGGACUCGCCUGCCGUGGCGGACGCCGCAGCGGACGGCGGUAUGGGGCCAGCAAGCGACGCCGCAGAAACUGCUGGAUCAACCUUUCUGCUGCCAAUUAUGGAGGUGCCACCAACGCCCCGCCGCACCACAGGUGUGGCGCCGUCGCCGCGCGUGAGCUGGCUGUCUGAGGGGGACACCUUUGGCGAGGCGGCGCUGCUGGAUCCCUCGCGCCGCCGCGGGUGCACAGUCGUCGCCGGGGGCGGCGGCGUCCAGCUUGCCACGCUCGACCGCGCCGCAUGGGACCGCCUGCCGACCGCAGCGCUUUGCGCUGGCGCUGCCGCUGCCGACGUGGGGGCGCCGCCGCGGGAUGCCGCGGCCGCGGGUGCAGCAGCUGCGGCGGCCGUGGUGCAGCAGGCCGUGCUCGCAGCGGCGUGCCGGCGGGCGCUGGCGGCCCCGCCAGGUCAGCGGGCGGCCGAUGACGUGGAGGCUCUCGCGGUGCUGUUUGGCGGCAUCCAGGCCCUGUCGCGGCUGCCAGAGGGCGUGCGCCUGAGGCUCGCUAGGACCUGCGCCGCCGUUUCUGCACCCGCGGGCGCCGCCGUCUGCAGGCAGGGCGACAGGGGCGAAGCCAUGUACGUCGUCCUCAACGGCAGCUGCAGCGAACGCGCGCGCGCCGAGCCCGGCGACGAGGCGGCGCCCGCUCCCCAGGCCGCGACGGCGCCGGGGGUUGCGCCUGUGCCGGCGCCUGCGGCGCCGGGGGCGCCCCGGCCGCCGCUGCGCGCGGGCGGCGGGCGGCGGGGGGCGACGUGGGAGGAGGCGGCAUUCACCGAGGAGGAGAGGGCGCGGCUGGAGGUGGUGAAGGCUGAGCUGCUGGCCGGCCAACAGCACAGGGGCGAGCCGCCGACCUCUUCGCGCCCCGGCGGCCCCGGCGCCGCUGCAGCCCCCGGCGAGCGAGCCGCGGGCAUCUGCGAAAAGGACUCCCUCUACUGGACGGCCAAGUACGUCCGAGACGCCUGCGCCAGCGCCGCGGCGUGCGCGGGCGCGGGCGGCGAAUCAGACCCCGCCAGCUGGCGCGAGGUGGGCGGCCUGCCGCCGCUCGCCGCGGUCGCGGCGGCCAAGUGGCGCCAGGCCGUGCGCGACGGGCAGGCGCGCCACCUGGCGGAACGGCGGGUCGCGGAAGACGGAGAGGCGGAGGCGCGGGUGAUGAGGGGGAUGGAGCAGCUGCUGGGGAGGGGCGCCGCAAGGGCGUGGGCGGAGGCACGCAGGUCCGCCGGCGGGGCGGGGCCCGCGACUCAGCGGCCCGUCGCGGCAGCGGCGGCACCAGCAGCACCAGGGGCGGCCAGCACAGCCGACCGCGACACGGCGGGCGCCGCGUGCAGCACGGCAAUUGACGGGGCCACGGCGGCGGCCAUCGUCGACGCCGCCCAAAAUCCGGACUGCGGCCUCGAAAUCGGCGACACGGCGUCGCCCCUUGCCUCUGCGGCGCGCCGCGAAAUCAGCCCCUUCUUAUUGGCUGCUGAGCUGGCAGCCCGCAGCACGCUGCAGGGGGUCCUGGCCGACGUCGCUGCGGCCGCCGCGCGGCGCGGCCUGCCGCGGCGUCUGGGGCGCCAGGCGUCCCUCAAGAUCACGCGGGAGCUGAACAGGCGGGUUGUGGGCGGCGCCUCGCGCAAGGGCUUUGGCAGCAAGGCAAGGCCCGACGGGCUCCCAACCGGCGGUGGCCCGGACGACGCCCCGCCGCGCGACGGCGGCGACGCCGGGCGCGGCACGACCGACGCUGAGGACGAGGGGCGGCAGCUGCGGCGCAGCUGCGACGCGGCGACGGAUUUGAGGGCCGGGCUGGCAGGGCUGGCGGCCAGCGAUUGGAAUUCGUCGUGGGAUGGGUCGGAAGCCGCCAGCCUGAUGGGCAGCAUUGACCUGGAGCGGUCGUGCCUGGCUGGCGCCGAGCAGGCGAGCUGGUGCCGCCUGGGCCGCGCCGACAGCGGCGGAGAGAGGAGCGACGGCGGCAGCGACGACGAUGAUGACGGCGGGGCCAGCAGUGGGGCAGGGUCAGGGGUCAAGCUUGCGGAGGAGCUUGGCAGGCGCUUUGGGGCCGUCCGGCGGGUCAUCGGUCCCGGAGAGUGCUUCGGGGAGCUGGCGCUGCUGCAGCGCCGCUGCAUGCGGCCGUCGACCGUCGUCGCGCUCGACCCGUCGCUGCGGCUGCUCGCGCCGCCUUGCGGCGCACCCGCUCUGCGCGGGGUGGCAAGCGACAGCGACGGCGAAUGUCACAGCGCGGCCUUCGCCCCUAGAGGAGCCGGCCCGCGGGGCUGCGUCGAGCUGCUGCGCAUCGGGCGGUCAACGUUUGACUCCGCGGUGCGCGCGCUGCAGCUGCAGGAGUUGGAGGAUCUCCUGUCAGCGCUCGCGGCGGCCGGGCCGCUGGGGGCCCUCCCGAGGGAGCAGCUCACCGCCCUGGCGGUGUUCUGCCGCCCCGCGGCGGCCGCGCCCGGUGACGUCAUCGCCGCGAGGGGCGGGCGCGCCGCGGCGCUGAUCGUGCUGAUCGAGGGCGCGGUGCGGCUGCUGGACGGGCCGCCGCCGCCGGCGGCGCCGGCGAUGGCGGCGAUGGCGGCCGCUGGCGGCGACGGGCCGCAAGGCUCGCCGGGCGGUGGCGCAGCGUACGGGCGCCGCGCGACGGCCGAUCAGCUCGGCACGCGAGCCUUCGGGACCGCGGCGGCGGGCGCCGCGCCGCGCGCCCUGAUGCGCAACGCGUCGCUGCCCGGCGCACGCGCGAGGCGGCGCGCGACGGCGGAGGGCGGCGGCGGGGGCGGCGCGGCCGUCCUGGGGCUGGGGGCGGGGUGCGUGCUGGCGGAACUGGGGCCAGGGGCUAUCCUAGGCGAGAAUAUCCUAGGUGAAGAUCCCGACGAGGAUCCGUAUGAGUCAGAUGCUCCACCAGGGGCCGCCCCCUUUGCCCCGCUGCACGCCGCCACCGCGGUGGCGGCCUGCCCGUGCCGCCUGCUGCUGAUCGCCCCAGAGGACCUGCGGCGCUUCGGCAGGCAGCUGCGCGCGCCGCUCGCGGCGGCGUCGGCGCGUCGGCGCGAGUUCCUGGCAGCUAGGCGGCAGCUGCUGGACGGCACGCGCGCGGGGCUGGAGGCGGCGGCAGCAGAUCUGCGUCGGCAGGCAGGGCUGCAAAGCAGCGGCGUCCGCGGCGGCGGCGGGCCGGCGGGGGGCGCGGCGAGUGCGGACGCCGGGCUUGCGGCGACGUGGGAGGCGCGCGAGGGCGGCGCCGCCGACGGCCUCACGCCGACCACGCUGGGAGGCGGCUUUGUCACAUCCUUUGCUGCCAAGCGCCGGGCGGAUGUUGGUGGCCGCUGCUAG